AUGACCAACCACGGAGACAAAGCGGCGCCAGCCGUGUGGUGGCACGCGCCGGUCAUCGACUUUGUCGCGGGCUCGAUCGGCGGCUUUGCCGCCAAGUUCGUCGAGUUUCCUUUCGACACGAUUAAGGUGCAGCUGCAAACGAGUCCGGAGGCUGGCCGCGUGAGCGCGCUCCGCCAAGUGCAGACGCUCGUCGUCAACGAAGGUCCGUCCGCGCUGUACCGCGGGUUGCCGUUGCCCCUCGCCGGCACGGUCAUGGAGAGCGCGUGCUUGUUUACGACCAUGGGCCAAGUCAAGAAUGCCUUGUACGGGCCCGACGCGCACGACUUGCGGCCGUCCCAGAUUGGCCUCGCGGGUGGCAUCACGGGCUUCUUCAUCUCGUUCCUCUUGAACCCGAUCGAGCUCAUCAAGUGCCGCAUGCAAGUGUCGACGCUAAGUCACAAGGCCACGUACCGCAAUACAGGCGACUGCAUCGCGUCGUCGAUUCGACACGAAGGCGUUGGCGUCUUUUACCGGGGCUUUGGCUCGACGCUGCUCCGCGAAGUCCCAGGCACCGCCGCGUGGUUCACGACGUACGAGACGACGCUGCAGUACCUCCGCCGCGGCAAGCACGACGAGUCGCCGUGGGACGUGAUUUUGGCGGGCGCCAUGAGCGGCAUGGCGUACAACGUGGCGUUCUACCCUGCGGACACGGUCAAGUCGUACAUCCAGACGCACUCGUGCGCCAAGAUGAACAUUCCGAGCGUCGCGCGGGAUAUCUUUCGGCAGCACGGCCUCGUCGGCUUCUACCGCGGUCUCCUCCCGACGAUCUUGCGUGCGGUACCUGCCAACGCCGUUCUCUUCUACUGCUUUGAAGGCGUCAAGGCGACGUGCCACAACGCGAUCCACGAGCCUCGGCACGCGAUGGCUCUCGGCCAAGCGCCGUAAUUGAAGCCAGACUCCAAACUACUACACUGAUAAACUAGACCCACUCAACUUUUUGCACGAUUCAACCGCAUGGUAAGCUUGCGCCGACGGCCUCUCUCCAACCUCUAUGGACGUCAAAGCCCG